CUUAACGGUCAGGGCAGCUGCUGGCUCCUCUGACGGGGAGAAAAAGGGCCUGAAAGCUGAUGGAUAAAUCUAGAAACUGUGGUAGCUUUUGCGUGGCCGGUAGCUUAGCAUCCUGUCAGUCCUGUCAGCCCUGCCUGAAGCUAAUAUAGACCAUGAAACAGGAGAUUUUUCAGCUGACUUGAGCUCCAGAAAUCAGUAACGGUAACUAAACAGCGCAGACAUGGCGGGGUCCGUCAGAAGCAGCCUUGAGACGCAGGCCAGGCCGCUCGGACAUGCCUGAGGAAAACGAUUCCAGUAUGUUUUAGGAUGUUCUGAGAGAAACAGUGAGCUAUAACAGCAAGGUUUCCUCCCUGAAACGAGCCGCUUUAGCCUUAGCCAUGUCGAAGGAACUGUCCGUCAGCCAGACGGCUCAGUACGUUGGGCCUUACCGGCUGGAGAAAACGCUGGGCAAAGGACAGACAGGUUUGGUCAAACUCGGCAUUCACUGCAUCACUGGACAGAAAGUGGCCAUCAAGAUAGUGAACCGAGAAAAGCUCUCAGAGUCUGUGUUGAUGAAGGUGGAAAGAGAAAUCGCAAUCUUAAAGCUAAUCGAGCAUCCGCAUGUCUUGAAACUGCAUGACGUUUAUGAGAAUAACAAGUACCUAUAUCUGGUGUUGGAGCACGUAUCCGGCGGAGAGCUUUUCGAUUAUCUGGUGAAGAAAGGGAGACUGACGCCCAAAGAGGCCAGAAAAUUCUUCAGACAAAUCAUAUCGGCUCUGGAUUUCUGUCACAAUCACUCCAUCUGUCACAGAGAUCUGAAGCCAGAGAACCUCCUGCUGGAUGAAAAGAAUAAUAUCAGAAUCGCUGACUUUGGCAUGGCCUCACUACAGGUGGGGGACAGUCUGCUAGAGACAAGCUGUGGGUCCCCACACUAUGCUUGUCCAGAAGUGAUCCGGGGGGAGAAGUAUGAUGGCCGGCGAGCGGACGUGUGGAGCUGUGGUGUGAUUCUCUUCGCGUUGCUUGUGGGCGCCCUCCCCUUCGACCACGACAAUUUGCGGCAGCUGCUGGAGAAGGUGAAAAGUGGGGUGUUCCACAUGCCCCACUUCAUCCCGCCGGACUGCCAGGCUCUGCUGCGCGGCAUGAUCGAGGUUGACCCAGAAAAGAGGCUCACGCUAGAGGAAAUUCAGAAGCACGCCUGGUAUCAGGCAGGCCGCAAUGAACCAUGUCCAGAGCAGCCGGCGCCGAGGCGCGUGUGUGUGAAGAGAAUCCUCUCUCUGACCGAGCUGGACCCAGACGUGCUGGAGAGCAUGCACUCUCUGGGCUGCUUCCGAGACCGAGUCAAACUUACUCGAGACCUGCAAUGUGAAGAGGAUAAUCAGGAGAAGAUGAUAUACUAUCUCUUACUGGACCGUAAGGAACGAUAUCCCAGCUAUGAGGACGAGGACUUGCCGCCCAGAAACGAUGUAGAUCCUCCUCGUAAGCGCGUCGACUCACCCAUGCUGACCCGUCACGGUCGCUGCCGGCCAGAGAGGAAGAGUCUGGAGGUGCUGAGUGUGACGGAGCAGGGCUCACCUACACCCCCUCGGAGAGCGCUGGACACCUCCGCGCACAGCCAGAGAUCACGAUCAGUAAGUGGAGCAUCGACUGGUCUGUCUUCCAGCCCUCUGAGCAGUCCGAGGGUCACCCCUCAAGGCUCGCCCUUGCCCACCCCUCUGGGCACCCCCGUGCAUCACCCCCACCACCCCCCCGCUACUCCCCCCUCCUCCUCUUCCUCCUCUUCCUCCUCCCGCGCUGAAGGAGGGGGCGUGGGCGUCGGCUCGCUCUCCUUGACUCCGCCCUCCAGUCCGGGAGGGGGCGGCGGCAUGGCGGCCAGCAGCUCCGCCCACUGGAGGACCCGUCUCAACUCGUUCAAGAAUAACCUGCUCGGGUCGCCGCGCUUCCACCGCCGCAAGCUGCAGGUGCCCACUUCAGAAGACAUGUCAAGCCUAACGCCAGAGUCCAGCCCUGAGCUGGCGAAGCGAUCCUGGUUUGGGAACUUCAUCAGUCUGGAGAAAGAGGAGCAGAUUUUUGUGGUGAUCAGAGACAAACCACUCAGCUCUAUUAAAGCGGACAUCGUCCACGCUUUUCUCUCUAUUCCAUCCCUCAGUCACAGCGUGAUCUCUCAGACAAGUUUUCGGGCGGAGUAUAAAUCUUCUGGAGGUCCGUCGGUCUUCCAGAAGCCUGUGAAGUUUCAGGUGGACAUCUCCUUUUCUGAGGGAGAGAGGGAAAGGGAGAGGGAAAGAGAAAGGGAAGGAAAAAGAGAUUAUGGAAUCUACAGUGUCACUUUUACCCUCAUAUCAGGUCCGAGUCGCAGGUUUAAGAGAGUGGUGGAGACGAUUCAGGCCCAGCUGCUCAGCACGCAUGACCAGCCCUCAGUACAGGCUCUUGCUGACGAGAAGAACGGUCGUCCACCUGGAACGCCAACCAGGCAAAACUCGCGUCGCUCGGAAGGCGGGAGCGACCGCUGCGAGUGGGUUGACCGAGGAGAGAGCGGGGCGUUGCUCCAGCGAAGGGGCUCGGGCAAAGAGAGGACCCGCCUACUAUCCUCCAACGGCACUCAGUCACAACCCUGAGCAGGAAGAGCCAACCAACAUUUAGCAUCCCACACACAGCCAUGUGGUGACCAUGGAAACACUCUUACAAACCUCAUUCCCCUCCUUGCUACGUUACAGCAUGCUGGUAAUGUUGCGUUCUUUUUGUUUUCUGUUCUGUCAGAUGGGUGCUUCUCCAAAUUUCGGUGCAAACGAACACGUAUCCACUUCACAAGAUGAA